AUGCGUGUUCAUCUUCAGCCAAAUUCGAAAGCAGAAGAGUUUUCAAAAAUACUGAUUGAUAUAGGUGAUGGCCAAAUUCCGGAAGAAGACGGAAGAAUAAACGUGUCCUAUAUUAAUUGUGAAACUGUCCCAGAUUUAAUCACCUUGACUGACAAAAUAUACCCGAAUAUUGACAAAGCUGGCGAUAAUUGUAGUUCAUGGUUAAAGGAGAGAGCCAUCCUCACACCAACCAAUGAACAAGUCAAUUGUAUUAACAACUUUUUGCUGGAGAAACUGCCAACUGAGCAAGUAAGAUAUGAAUCGGUGGACAAAGUACUGGAGGAUGAAGAAGCUGUCCACUAUCCUGCUGAAUUCUUACACACACUCAAUCCACCAGGGAUACCACCUCAUGUUCUUCAACUCAAGAUUGGCACUCCAAUAAUGUUGCUCCGCAAUUUAAAUCCGCCAAAAUUAUGUAAUGGUACCAGGCUUCAAGUCAAGGUCUUACACAAAAAUGUCAUUGAAGCCAUGAUUUUCACCGGAAAAUAUGAAGGAGAAACUGUAUUCAUUCCAAGAAUCCCUCUGAUUCCAUCAGAUUACCACUUCGAAUUUAAACGUCUGCAAUUUCCUGUCAAAGUUUGUUAUGCCAUGACGAUUAACAAGGCACAAGGGCAGAGUUUAAAGAUGACUGGUAUUGAUUUAAGAAAUGACUGUUUCUCUCAUGGCCAACUAUACGUGGCAUGCUCAAGAGUAAGUUCACCUGACAGCUUGGUCAUUCUUCAACCAAUAGGAAAAACGAAGAAUGUUGUAUAUAAAGAAGUUUUAAGUAUUUAA